AUGGAGCAAAUCAAUAUCGACCAUAUCAUCAGACCAUUCUUCACCUUUCCGGUAUUCUCUCGGCUCUUUACCGAUUUUUGGUACUCGCCUACCUUCUGGUCUGCUGUUUUUUGGCUUCUCUGGGUCCAUCGCUAUCUUCGCCUCAUUGUUCACUGCAUUAGCCACUGGCUCUACAAGUCAAAGCCCAUCGCAGCCAAGCCGACCUUUACCAAUCAAGAUGUCACCGUUGUGAUUCCAACCAUCCAUAACGUGUUUGAGGAGCUUCGCCCUUCACUUCAGAGCAUUCUCGCCUGUAAGCCGGCCGAAUUGAUCCUGGUGACUACUCAUGAUAAGAGAAAGGCCUUGGACAAGCUUGUUGCAACUCUCGGCUACCCUGCCAUCCGCAUCUUCGACACCCCCAUUGCCAACAAGCGUCUGCAGGUAUGCGAGGCCCUGCCUCAGGUCAAGACACCCAUCACCAUCAUGGCCGACGACGACGUUACCUGGCCUUCUACUCUCCUGCCCUGGAUUCUCGCCCCUUUCGAGGACCCCAAGAUUGGUGGCGUCGGGACGAACCAACGUGUCCGCCGCGAGUGGGAUGCGCCGCUCGCUGCUCGCCUAUGGAACUGGCUCGGCGCCGCUUACAUCGAACGUCGCAACUUUGAGAUUUCGGCCACGCACAACAUGGAUGGCGGCACUUCCUGCAUGUCGGGUCGCACAGGCGCUUAUCGGUCGGAAAUCCUGCAGAGCCACGACUUCUUGCACGGCUUCAAGAACGAGAGGUGGCGCAAGUGGAUUCUCAACGCUGACGACGACAACUUUGUCACCCGCUGGCUCGUCAGCCACCAGUGGAAGACGUGGAUUCAGUACGAGCGCGAGUGCGAACUCGAGACGACACUCGAGAACGGGCCCAAGUUCCUCUACCAGUGCACCCGCUGGGCGCGCAGCAACUGGCGCAGCAACUGGAGCAGUCUCGUCCGUGAGAAGCAUGUAUGGGUCCAGCAGCCAUGGUCUACCUAUGCCCUGCACAUUGCAACCUUUACCUCGCUCGCCUUCGCCAUCGACCCGCUCCUGCUCGCCGCUUGCUGGUGGGCCACUGCUGAGUGGGAUCUUGGCAGUCGCCAGUACGCAUUCUGGGCCCAAUUCAUCUUCAUGUUUGCCUUUACCAAGGUCGUCAAGCUCAUGGGCCUCUUUCGCCGCAACCCUACCGACAUUUUCUAUCUUCCUCUCUCCAUCAUCUUUGGCUAUUUUCACGGCUUGAUCAAGCUCUACGCACUCCUCACUCUUAACAUGACGUCGUGGGGUAGCAGAGCAGACGGCGACACCAACGACGAGCAGCGUCUUGCCCCCGCUCCACGGCCCUCGGUCGUUCUCAAGACACCCCCGGGUCCUGCUUCUCUCAUCCGAUACAAUGUACGUCACAAGGGGCGAUUUGUACAGUGUCAGGACGACAUGAACGCAACCUGGGAGAAGCAAGCAUAUGCUGCGUACGACUCCAGCACGUCCUAUAUCCCGAUCCGAGUUCCCAGCGCCAUGCACGGCGGCGCAAUGGGCCUCACCGGCGAGACCAUGGUGUCUUCCUACUAA